AUGCCUCGCAAGACUCUGGGGACGCCCGAGAAGCCUCGCGGUUCUUCGGAAAGUGCUCGAAGUCCUUCGUGUUUGCGCAGUCUACGAAAUGCCAGCUCCAGCUCUCAGCCAACAUCGCCGUCGAGAAACGCUACCCGUAGUCCACGACCGGGUGGCUUGGCCCAAGCCAUAGCUCCGCCUCCGCGAGCAGCACUCUCUCCUUCCCCUUCUCCCGAUGCCCAUAGCAGCCACACAAGCACGCCCCGCGGGAGUAGAUUCAUAGUCAUGGAUGAAGGCGGUGGUACAAUUACAACUACAGGCAUUAUAUCUACAGCAGACCCUUCCAGCUCCAGCUCAAGCAUGCGAGCCUCUCCCUCACCCAUACCCGCACCAAGACCGACAACACCUACACGUCCAACUACUACCUGCGAGGACCUCCUCAGGCAAAAAGACGACCGCAUAGCCCACCUCGAGCUCUCGUACCAGCGCAGCCUCGACGCCCUGACCAACGCCUCCUCCAGUCUCUCCUCGCUGACCUCCACCACCGCUGCCGAGCUCCGCCUCUUACGGCUGGAAGCCGACGCCCUCCGUGCCGAGCGCGACGAGCUUCGCUCCGGCUGGAACGCCGUGCAGCAGAGCCUGCGCGAACGCGAGGACGAGAUCCGCGACUUGCGGCGGCAGAUGCGCGGGCUGAAGGAGUGGGUGAGUAAUAGCACGCGGGCGGACGCGACGGGAGCGGCGACGCAGGUGAGCGAUGAGGUGUUUGGGGCGGGCAUGGCGAGGUUGGGGAAUGGGUUGCAGAAUUGGAUGCUCGUGAAUUUUAGGAGGGCCAAGGUGAGAGUAGAAGUGGAUGAUGGGGUGAGGGGGGAGUUGGGAAGGGUGGUGCCUAUGUUUGACGAGAUAUUGGCGAUGGGCGGCAAGAUACAUCUGAUACAGAGUGUGGUGUCGAGGUUGUUGGUGGACAUGGUGUUUGGCGCUUACUUUGUUGGGUUGACGGGGGAGCAGGAGCGGGUGGUUAGGGAGGCGGAGGGGAUGCUUGGGGGUAUUGCAUCAACGCCCGAAUCUCUCAACCAGUGGCGCGCCCUGACUCUAUCUAUCCUGAAACGGGAAGCCGACCAGAAGCUACAAGCCGAAACAGCCGUCAUUAUCGACGCCUUGGUUGCCAAAGCCAAUAGCAUCUUGGAUGCCAUUACGGGUGUUGAUACCAAGGCCACCGCAGCGCGGGAUCAAGGUCUCAGGCAACUUGUCAACAGCGCAAUCGACAUGUCACGGCUUCUCGUCGUCCAGAAAGCCAUCUUCAGAGUUAACAUGCCCGAGAUUCUGCCACAUCAACGAGUUCUUUUCGAUGCAACCACGAUGGAAGACAUCGGUGGCGAGGACGAGGAGAGUUUGUCGGAUAGAGAGAUCUGCUGCGUCACGUUUCCGGGAAUCAUUAAGCAGGGCGACGAAACUGGUGGGCAGCUCCAAUGGAGGAAUGUCAUUGCCAAGGCCAGGGUACUUUGCAGUCCGGAAGAGUGA